UGUGUGUCUGUGUGUGUGUGUGUGUGUCUGUGUGUGUGUCUGUGUGUGUGUCUGUGUGUGUGUGUGUGUGUCGAUGGACAUCCUUUAUCUAAACAGAUUAUUAUGUUAUUAUUUUUUUUAGCAUAUGUAAAAUCUCGUGCUUUAUCUCUGGUGCCACCUGCUGGUUCAUUAUCGCAACUGCAGCUAUGUUCCCGGUGAUGACGCGCCGCCGGAACUUGCGUCACUACUUCCUCCGCCUCGCGCGCCGGUCUCAUGGUUACGUGUGUAAACAGAUGGCGCUUGUGUAGAUUCCGAAUGAUGUUUAUCUGAUCAGAUGAUGAUCAUGGAGUAGAGUGGAGUAAUAAAGUCAGGGGUUCGGAAACAGAGAGAGAGAGAUUAGUGAUCAUCUCCGGAGCAGCUAAUGUUAUCUUCACUCUGUUUUAUAAAGAUUUAUGAGUUUAAAGUCUCGGAGUCAGCUGGAGAGCUGCAGCAUGGAUGAGGAGGAGUUCUGCACCACUCUGGCCUUCACCAAGAGUCCUAAAACCUCAAAGAGAACCACCUUCCAGGAUGAGCUGGAAGCAGCGGUCAAUCAGAGAGCGGUCAGGAACAGAACCUUUCAUUUAAACUUUAAUGAUGAUGAUGAUGAUGAUGAUGAAGAUGAUGAUAUCCUGAAGGAGCUGCUGAAGACGAGGAGGAAGAAGAUCGACAUGUUCAAAGCUUCAAGAUCUAAAACCUCCAUCGAUGACUUUAAACUGUCAGAUGAAGAGGAGGAGAACAUCAGACCCAAAAAAGUCUCCUUCCUGAAGAACCACUCUCACUCUCGCAAAUCAGACGCUCUCAGAUCAGACGCUCUCAGAUCAGACGCUCUCAGAUCAGACGCUCUCAGAUCAGACACUCUCAGAUCAGACAGCUCCUUUAUUUCUCAACAAAGUGUGACCGAGUCUCAGGGUCUGGACAGAAGUCAGCAGGACUCAGACUCACACCCUGACCCUCCUCCACAGCAGAACAGCCAAUCAGAAGUGGUGAAAAAGAUCCAAUCAGAAUCUUCUGCCUGCAGGAGGAGCCUAACAGAAUCGCCCCCGCCUCUGUAUUCAGAGGAUAGCCAAUGGAAAUACAGCUCUGGGUGUGUGUCAGAGGCCACACCCCCAACACCUGCCCCCCGGCAGCGAGCUCCUCACUCAGCUCUCAGUGGACGUGAUGAAAAGGACGGACGAACACAAACUCCACCCAGCAGAGAUGAUAUGUCUGUGGUGUCCAACACCUCCACCUCCACCUCCACUUUUUGUCAGACUGCAGGGAAUUCUGGGAGUGAUACACACCUUCAGGAGGAUGUGUCUGUGACGGUGAACACACACUCCAGGCCACUAGAGGGUGCUGAGAGCACAGAUUUCUCAGCAGGAGAUCAGAGAAAUCAGGAAGAAUAUCAGUUGGGUUCUGAGGUCUCUCCUGUACCAGACAGUGGAACUUCCAGAUCUCCAGCUGCUCGACCAGGAAGCUCCAGAAAAUGCCGGAGCACACCAUCCUACAGCGCCCAGUCCAGAUAUCUGGGGACGUUAAAGGUUCUGGAGCAGAAGGCGUGUUUACAGGAAACGGGACUGGACACUGCUGAUUCCCUGAGAGCCACCGUUUAUCAGGACUGGUUAAAGAAGAAAGAAGAGAAACUGCAGGCAACCUUCAGAGUUAAAAAACAAGAAGAAAAACUAAAGGAGGAGAAAAAAAUCGAGGAGGAAACAAGUAAGAAAGCUGAAGCCAAAGCUUCUUAUGAAGCCUGGAAAGAGAAGAAACGUGAAGCUCUGAGAGAGAACAUCAGAGAGAAACAGGAAGCCAUGAGAAAACUGCAGAAAGAGACGGAGGAUAAAGAGGAAAAGAAAGAAAUUGCAAAACGGGUCUUUGAGAAAUGGAAGCGAGAACAUGAUGACCUACUUCGCGAGCAGCUCCAAAAACAGGUGCAGACGGAAAACAGGCUGAAAGAGAAAAAAGAGAAGGAGAAAGAACAGAGGACAAGAGAGAGCAGUUCUUCACUCGCUCAGUGGAAUGUCAGGAAGAAGGAAAUGAUUGAGGAGAAGCUGAAGUCUGAACGUAGGAAGAAGGAAAUAAAAGAGAUUGAGGAGAAAUAUGAGAAGGAAGAAAGAGAAAAGACGGCACUGGAGAUGUACGAGAAAUGGCUGAUAAGGAAAGAGUUUCAGCAGAAACGAGAGAGAAGAGAACAGAAACUGAAGGCGAUUGUAGUGGAUGGGCCACAGCCCCCAUGGAGCCCUCCCAACAGAACCAUCCCUUUUGGCAAAUGACCCUCACUGUAGCUCUGGAUAUACACACUCACCGGCCACUUUAUUAUGAACACGGUCCUGCAGGUCCAGGUCUGUGGAUGUUGUUGCAGAUGGGUUGGUUUAUGUUAAACAACUGAUCUUCUGAGAUCUUCACAAACAUCAGAUUCUACCUUUUACUGAAAAUGGAGUGAAAAAAAAAUGAAAAGAAAACAUUCAUUAACCUGAGGUGCUCAUGGACACCAAAACUACACAGGGGAAGAAAAGCAUAAGCUGGUCUUUAUCUAAUCUUCAAAUGUCCAGUUUAAAUCAUUGUUCCAGAUUGUGAUGUUUGAUGUAAACAAUAACUGAAGCUCUUGGACUGUAGCUGUGUCUGUAAUAGGUUUAUAUAUCGUGUUCUACUACAUGAUUGGCUCAUCGGAUAAUUGCAGGUGUGUAGAUGUUCCUUAUAAAGUGGCCGGUGAGCGUAUCUCUGCGGGAGCUCUGAUGGAUCAGUGUGGUGGUGAAUCUGACAGUAAUCACAGGAGCAUGCGCUGCUCUAUGUCCAAUCUAAUUAUAAAUCUGAUUAAUGUUGUUGCGUUAGAAUGAGACUGAUAAGCACUUUAGCGGAAGAAGAACUGAAAUCUUCAGCAUUCUGCAGGAAGCAUGAUCUACUGAUCUACUGAUCUAAUGAUCUACUGAUCUAAUGAUCUAAUGAUCUAAUGAUUUACUGAUUCUCUUUACAGCAGCUUCGCUAAAACUCUGAAGUUCCUAAAAGCCCCUUCUGUGAUAUUGUUGAAUUUGAAGUUGUUUAUUGUUUUAAUCUCUCUUCAUGGUGCAGGUUAUUUUGUGUGUUUUUGUGCUCCUGCUGCACAUCAACACACUUCAUUACAAAUGAAUCCUGAAGUGAUUCUCUACAGGUCUAAUUUUAUAAAAUAAAUAACAUCAAACUCA